AUGAAGUUCUCAUCAGUCAUCUUGACCUCGGUCCUCUCCUUGCUGGCCACGGCAACCCCGAUAGAAUUGGAUUCUCGCGCAGUCUGCAAGAAGACAGAUCAAUUAGCCACAUUCCAAGACUUGACAGCUCUCCCAGCAUUGUCACAGAUCAACCCAAUCGGCACCUACAAGGGCCUCCAAUAUCGCUCUUUCAAUCUACUCCAAGUCGGACUCCUCGGCGCCAUCCCUCCACCCGUGGGAAUCAACCCUCCAUCUCCAUUCAACGUCGCCGCCAACUCCAUCACCGGCACCAUCUUGACCGGGUCCCCAGCAUUCAUCGCGAGCUCUGUCAAGUCUUUUGAUAUUUACAGCACAUACAUCGCCUGCGUUGCAAACACAGCUCUCAGUGUUGCUGGACUCCCAACCCAAUGCACCAUCUCAUUCACCGCGUAUAAGAAAGACAAGACGACUGUUUUUGACACCGUAAAUGCCCAAUUCAAUCCUACUGGAUUGUUGAGCGACAUGUAUAAAGUCGUGUUCCCAAGCUCGUGGACGGAUUUGAGACAGGUUGAUAUUGCUAUCGUCCAGGCUACUUUGACUAGUACCUUGAGUGCGUUGUUUAUUGAUGAUGUUAAAUACAAGACUUGCUCUUAA